GCAGGAAAUGUGAUACAUCCAUUUCCUUUCAGGCAAACAACACAGUUCUGUGGCAGCACAAAAGCUUUGCUUCUAGUGCAAAAUCUUCAACAUUCAGAAAACUAUUGCUCUUCUGUGGACGUAGCAAUCUGUGUUUGCUAUUUGGAUGUUAUGGAUAAGAACAGUACUUUUCCUCCAAUCACAUGGCCACCAAAGUUUUGGGAGCAGAUAACAAUAGCCUUCACAGUGUCCAUGGUGAUUGGACUGGUGAUUGGAGGGAUCAUCUGGGCAUUUUUCACCUGCUUGUCCCGUCGCAGAGCUAGUGCCUACAUUUCCCAGGGGAGCCCCUCGUCCUUCAGCCGUCGGUCCAGACCUCCCUCCCAUGGCCACGCUGCCAGCAGGACUGGAUUUUACCGCAACAGCAGCUGCGAACGUCGGAGCAACCUCAGCCUGGCCAGCCUCACCUUCCAGCGGCAAGCCUCCUUGGAGCAGGCCAACUCUUUCCCCAGGAAGUCGAGCUUCCGUGCAUCCACCUUCCACCCUUUUCUGCAGUGUCCUCCCCUGCCCGUGGAGACGAACAGUCAGCUGAUCACCCUCACUCCCACAAAUACCACCACAACCCUUGUGGGAAGCACCACCAACAGCCUGAGUCGACCUGAAUUCCACUGGUCUAACAACAACCUCCGCAUCUGCCACUCCACGCAAACCCCGCCUCCUGCCUAUGAAUCCAUCAUAAAAGCCUUCCCAGAAUCCUGAGUUCGUCCUCGCUGCAAACACACAUAUUCAUCUUAGGAGGAACCUCAAUUACCUCCACGAUUUUCUGUGCAUGAUGAAGAUCUCUGAGACGUCUCCAGCUGCAGUUGCAGAGGGGACAUACUUUGCCAAGAGGCGUGUAGCAGUGACUUCAUGGAGCCCAGCAUCCCACUGUCUGAGAGAUCACUUGUCUUUGCAGUGCUGGCUUUUAUUUACUGCUCUGCUGUAUGCUUGCGUAUUUAUAGUGUUGUAUCUUUAAUUGCAGCCUUUGUCUCUUUAUUUUAGAGGGAAAAAUGCUGCCACAUAAAAGCUAAAUAAUUUCUUGAAGAAACAGAUAAUACUAGAGAUUACUGAUAUACACAGCACAUCAAUGCAAAUUUCACUAUUCCUUUUCUUUUUUUUAAGAGGUUUUGAUUUUACAUGUUUUUGUUACAUUCUCAGAGAGCACCUCCCAUUACCCACCUUCUUGCUGUAACCCCAAAAGAACUUCAGUCUGAGGAACCUUAAAUGCAGACCUCAUAGAGGAAGCACUCCUGGCUGCAACAGACAUCCUGUUCUGUUGAUUGCAAAGAUCUGAUCUGAAAAGACUCCAUAUUAGGGAUGCUUGUUUAAAAUUCCCCAGUGUGGGAAAAAACUGUGAAGUAUAUGAAGCUUCAUGCAGAAAGAAGUUUUGAACAACAUACCAAAUGCAUGAUGACAGAAUUUUCUGUCUGCAGCCAGCAGAACAGGUAGUCACAUUUUAAUACUCAGUGAAGCUGUAUGGGCAGAACUCCUCAUAUUUCAUUUUUCUAAUUCUGGUUAUCCAGAUAAGCAGUAUGAAUGACAACUAUUUUUUGUAAUUAAGUUUCCUGAUUUCCUAUGGGAUUAGUCAUUUCCUUAUUUCAAAUUGUUUUUCUCAAAUUGUACCAACGUUUAAUUCUUUCUUUUAUUCACUGAAAUCUUGUCUUUCACUAAAACAAGAUUUCAGACAUCUGUGGCUGAACACAGGGAUUCUAUAAUGAAUUGGGAUAUGAAGAUAAAGAUGAAGUAUUAGUUGAGGCUUACAUAUAUUCUUGACUUUUAUAUGUGUAUCAUGACAAACUAACCCCUGGCUUAGUAGAGACUAAUUGCACUGAUGUGACAAAAUAUUCAGGAUUUGGAAAUAACAGAGUCAAAUGGGACCCGAAUUAAGUCUUAUAGUAUCUGUUUCCUGUUAAAUAUUUCAUGUUCAAAUUAAGGGUGAAGAAUUUCCACAACUAGAGGAGCUGUCCACACUCCACAUUUGCAAAUAUGCCUGUUGUUUCUAAAAGGCUUGGGCAAUACCAGCCUCAGGACUCCUGAUUCUGAUGGGGCUUCUGUAGGGACAAUAAAUUCUUAUCUCUCUUCUGGGAGGGACAAAGAUUCAGCAGCUUCUGGGAAUGGGCAAAAUGCUCAACAUCUCCCAGGUUUUCCAGGCUUUUGGAGACUGGCAGCUUGCAUCCCUUUGCUGAGGUCAACAUCUCCUGGGGAGCACUGACAUUGAUCUUUGAUCCUCAGUAUUCCAGCCCAAUGUCCACCCAUUCGCAAAUAAUGCUACAAACAUUAAGCUUAUAAGCAAUACUUACUGUAAACAAGAAGUAUUCCUUAUUGUAAAGGCAAAUUAUUUUGCAUAUAUUUACUGGCUGGAUUUCAUUGUUUCAUUUUUAGUGUGCAACACAUCUCUAGAGAUGUGUGUCAUUGCUAGAAGAAGAACCAUUUACAGAGUUUACAGAGCAUUUCACUGCAGACACUAUGGGUUCUAGCACACCCAGAACUGGCUGGAACACUGCAUUUGGCUGACCACAGGCUACAGACUUAAAACAAUGGUCCUCUGAAGAAGGAAGGAAAGUUGUGCCUUUUCAUUCAUUAAUAUUUUUAUUUCUUUUUUUCAUUUAGAGUUUUUCUGAGUCUGAUGAAUUUCUUUGCAUGCAAAAGUAUGUUCAAAGUGUCCUUCCUAUAGGAUAGGUGAUGCAGCCUAUUCUAACAUGCCUACAAAAUGUAGAAUUCAAGCCUGCUCCCUUUGUUUAGUGGGUUUGAUGAACUGUGGAAGAGACAACUUAACCUAACAGCUGCAUACCCAGUGUGCACCCAGCUGGCCAAAACUGUUUGUUCUUUGAGAGUGAAAUAAUUUUAGAUGAGUAAAUUUUUACCUCUGGAUUUUAAGUGUACAUUAUAUUACAGUAGAACUUUCCACAGCGCAAUUAUUACACAAUUGUAACUUGUAUUACACUGUAUUUAGUAAAUAAGAUAAAGAGGGAAGCUUAAAUGUACUGUAUUAUUUUUCCUCCUGAAAUCCGCACUGGACAUCAAAACAUUUCUUAUGUGCCCUGGAUUAGGGAGACUAAAACCACAUGUUUGGUGCAUAGCCAAUAUGACUGUCAGAUGCCUAAAACUUGUUUUCACAUCUGAAAUGUUUUGCAAGCAUUCAGGAAGCUUCAGAAUGUGGAAUAAAGUUAGAUGCUAUAAUCUCAA